UAGUGAAAAUCCUAAAAUGGCGGCGGAAUGGAAGCAAGGUCUUUUUAACUGCUGCGGAGACUGUGGAAUUUGCUGCUGCGGAACCUUCUGUGACUGCUGUCUGGUUUACCAGAACGCGGAUAACCUUGGGAAAUCAGGGUUACUCUGCUGCCUCCUGGCUUGCAUGAUACCUUGCGUUCCAACCAUGAUUCUAAGGAACGAAGCGAGGGAACGAUGGGGAAUCCAGGGAAGCACUGGAGGAGAUUUCUGUGCAUCUGUCUGCUGUUAUCCUUGUGUGGACUGUCAGACAGCUGUAGAGAUUAAGGAGAGAGGAGCACAGAAUUAAUUAUAAAAACCAUCCCAGCCUUAAACUCAGCAAGAAAAUCAAUCUCAUCCUCUCCGGGAAAUAGUCCAAACACAAACCCAGAUCUUAUUUCUUUAUCAUCUCAGAUUCUCAUAAAAAUAUAAUGUAUGGUCUAAGGAGAACUAGAAACCUAAUCUCAGGUUCUCAGAAGAACUCUAAUCUUAGGUUCUCAGGAGAACUAGGAGCCUAAUCUUAGGUUCUCAGGAGAACAAGAAACCUAAUCUCAGGUUCUCAGAAGAACUAGAAACCUAAUCUCAGGUUCUCAGGAGAACAAGAAACCUAAUCUCAGGUUCUCAGGAGAACAAGAAACCUAAUCUCAGGUUCUCAGGAGAUCUAAAACCCUUAUACCAGGUUCUCAAGUGACCUAGAACCAUAAUAUCAGGUUCUCAGUAGAACUAGAAACAUAAUCUCAGGUUCUCAGGAGAACUAAAAACAAAAUCUCAGGUUCUUACUGGAACUAGAAACCUAAUCUCAAGUUCUUAGUAGAACUAGAAACCUAAUCUCAGGUUCUCAUGAGAACUAUAAAACCUAAUCUCAGGUUCUAAGGAGAACUAGAAACCUAAUCUCAGGUUCUCAGGAGAACUAGAAACAUAAUCUUAGAAACUUCCAUCUCUUGUUCACAAAUAAAAUUCUAAAUUUCUCCGAAUUUCUCUUGACAAUCUUGGAGAAAAGUUUAAGCUUAAUAUGUCUCCUCCCCCCUCUCCUCAUAUCUUCCUUAAGACAAAUCUAAGUGAUGGCUUUCUUUUAUAAAUAUAUUCUUAACUUCCAUAUAUAAUGUACACCAUCAUGUAUACACCUAUAUCUCCUCUCCUCUACAUACACAAGUUGCAAACACAAUAGAAUCUGUAUUUCUAACCUGUAAUAAAUUACAGGUAUUAAU